UUUCAAGUCACAAUUUCUGGUUCCUUUGAAAAUUUAGACGGUGCAUAACACCAUUAGAGUCCUAUAUAAGGAAGCACCGGUCGGCCUUGAGAUAUCCAUAUUUCCUUGCUCGAGACAGAGACAGAGAGAGAGAGAGAGAGAGAAAGAAGGAGAAGAAGCUGAUCUGUUCUGAUUCCUGAGUUGAAGAUGAGGACUAGCAGUCUUCUCUUAUUAGUUUGUAUGCUAGCUUUAUGUGCUUUUGGUAUCUGUGAAGGAGGUCCGCUGAGAAAAAAAUUCUACAAAAGUAGCUGCCCCAACGCCGAGGAGAUAAUUAAGACCGUCGUCUGGAAACGAGUCGCUCAGGAUUCAGGGUUGCCUGCUGCACUCGUGAGGAUGCAUUUCCACGAUUGCUUUGUUAGGGGCUGUGAUGGCUCAGUGCUAUUGAACUCUACCAAGGAUAACACGGCGGAGAAGGAUGCACCUCCAAACUUGACCUUGACUGGUUUCGAUGUUAUUGAUGAGGUGAAAACUGAAGUAGAGAAAGCUUGCCCAGGAGUUGUUUCUUGCGCUGACAUCGUUGCUCUGUCUGCCAGAGACUCUGUUGCCUUCCAAUUCAAGAAACCACUGUGGGACGUGCUUACUGGUCGGAGAGAUGGCACUCUGUCACGGGCCUCCGAGGCAGUUGCCAACCUCCCUCAACCCACCUUCGACUUCAACACUCUCAAGCAAAACUUUGCUAGGCAAGGACUCAACGUUCACGACCUUGUGGUGUUAUCAGGGGCGCACACAAUUGGACAGGCACACUGCAAUGCCUUCAGCAAUAGACUGUACAACUUCACAGGGAAGGGAGAUGCAGAUCCAUCUUUGGACCCCACCUACGCGGCUGUCCUGAGAACUCAAUGCAAGAGCCUUUCAGACAACACAGCUCAAGUAUUCAUGGACCCCAACAGCGGUACCUCAUUUGACAGCCACUACUACGCUGCCGUGAAGCAACACAAAGGUCUCUUCCAAUCUGAUGCUGCACUUCUCACCAACAAGAUCACUAGCAAUAUUGUCACCGAGCUGCUCAACCAAAAUGCUUUCUUCACCGAGUUCGCCCAGUCCAUCCAAAAGAUGGGUGCUAUUGGAGUCCUUACUGGCAACUCUGGACAGAUCAGAAAGAUCUGUUCUGUUGUGAACCCUUGAGAUGACAAAAGUUAUUUGGAUUUUCUUUUUCGUGAAAAUAAAUGUAUGUCAAUUCUAUCAAUUGAAGAAAUUAGUUGGGUUUUGUAACUUAUCUCUUUCCAUUGAACAUAAAUUUAUCUGAAUUGAGGAAUCAAUCGAGUAUUUUCUUUGUCA